AUGUCGUGGAUUUCACUCAAAUCAUUGGCUCUAUUGGCCGUUAUCUCCAUAUCCUCUUCGGUCAUUGAUCUAACGGGCGCCCUAUCAUUAUCAAACCCAUCAUUGUCUCGCCGUAGUCAAUGCCAGGCAACCUUAACAGAAGCAACAACUGUUGCCAAUGAGUUACAAUCUCUCUACUAUGACUCUUCCACCGGUCAAUAUAACAGUGGUGAACUAUGGACGGACUCGAAUACCAUCGAGGACUUACAUAACCUCAUGUUAGCUGCAGAUUCAGAUACCUGGGGAACAAUCGCCGACACUUCCUACAUCGGCCAGGCUGCUAACAAUGCAAACACUGACUGGGUUAGCUUCUUGGGCGGAAGCUACGACGACUCACAGUGGGUGAUAUUGGCCUUCUGGAAGAUUGCCGACUAUAAGGCAGCCCGAGGCCAAGAUAAUAGUGCUUAUCUCUCUAGCGCAUCCAAGGUAUACGAUAUCGUUGCUGCAGAGUGGGAUACUACUUCGUGCGGAGGAGGAGUAUGGUGGUCCUCUGCGCAAAACUAUAAGAAUGCAAUUACCAACCAACUUUUCCUGCUUACAUCAGCAGAAGGAUACAACAGAAACCAAAACCAGACUUAUCUCGACAAUGCCAACAAGGAGUGGGCUUGGUUGAGCGCAUCUGGUAUGCGUGGCUCAGAUGGCCUUUUCAACGAUGGCCUAGACCAAACUACUUGCCAGAACAACGGACAGACCGCCUGGACUUAUAACCAAGCUGUCGUGGCUUCUGGUCUCGGUGCACUUUAUACUGCCACUGGCAACUCGACUCUUCUUGAUCAGGCAGAGAUCAGCCUCGAUGCUACUAUCAGUCAACUGACAAGCAAUAAUAUAUUAAAAGAAUCCUGUGAUGACGCUGCAUCCGGAGGUGCACAAUGUGAUCACGAUCAGCAAAUAUUCAAGGGUUUAUGGACGAAACAUGUCCAAUACUACCUUGAUAGCGCAAACGACGCUACGCGCACCGCAAAAUAUAGCUCGUUCUUAGGAUCUCAGUAUUCAGCUGUGAUUCACUACGGGAUGAACGCGAACAAUGACAUCGGCUCCGUGUGGUACGCCCCUAAUGCAGGUGGAUCCGUCUUCCAGCCGGAGGCUUCGGCAGGUGGGCUGGAAGCUAUUAUAUCUAAUGCGAAGGUUUGUGCUUCCAAUCUUCCAUAA